UUUUUUGCAAGAUUUUUGUGGUGGCCAGUACGGGCGAGCACACCAGAUGGUUCACCGGUGCGAAGGAUGAUAUAUUUAUCAGAAUGUUCAAAGUUAAAUCACCUUUUGCGGGCCAAAUCAAAAUGGCAAUACGAUUGGGUCCUUUAAUAUUGAAGUAGAUCAAGAUGCAGGAGGACGAGGGCAACUCCGGGAGUUUCCCGGAGAUUCCUCGCCCGAGGACGAGCGAGACAGAAAUGUUGCUGGAUCGGGACAAUCCCUUCCGCAAAAUAGCGGUUGUCCAACAAGAAGAAGAAGUAGAUGACGUCGGCCCUCGCCGGUCUGAUCCACCACCGCUAGUAUCUGGCUCCGGCCCGCGGGAGAACAGCAAACGGGGGCCCCCGAGUGGGCCACUGGCCCUCUCGAGCGGCAACUUCGAUCGGCGCCAACAUCCGACGUCCUCCGGUCGGGUUGCAAAGGACAGCGUCACGUCACCAGGUAAUAGUACCGCUAGUGCGCCAGCAUCUCAGUCGGAGGAGUACGACUACCCAACAGAUUACAACAAGGACAUACGCAGCGAGCGAUUCGCGGCCUCGGAAUUCAGCUGUCGCAAGCUCUGCCAGAACCCCGUCGCAGUGACCCUGAUCAUUUUGGGUACUCUCUUGCUCAUCACGAUCGUUGGGACGUCUGCCUGGUGCUGCAUCAGUAGGAGGGCGGAGGAGGAGUUCUUAUUUCUCGCUGGUGGUAAAGCUACAGCCUAAGCCGGUGCGUUGAUUCAUCUAGAUGGAGAAUGAUUCAUUUCUGCAGCUGUAGUUGUAUACAUUCAGUUUUUCUUUUUGCUGGAUGAUGAUGAAGCUGUGUAAGUAUGAUGGGCGGUUCAUCAUUUUCACGUGACACAGCUGGUCUUAGGGCUACUAGUCAUGAUGUGUUUGCAUGGUUUGUAGUUGAAAGUCGCUAUACGAUACUGGCC